AUAUUUCGCAUUCCUGAGAUCUUGACAAAGAUCUUGACAUUUGUCGAUGUGGAUACUUCUGUUCCAAUUGAGCGUCCACCAAUCAGAAGAAGACCUUUGUCUUACCAACAUGCUCUUUUGAUAUACAAGGAUGAGGCCAAAGCACAGAAAGCCUGGUCUGAUGCCGUGACCAGUACUUUGGAUUCUGAGGGAAACCCAAUCGCUGAUUAUAAUCACUGUAACUCAUUGUACAACUGUUUAUUUGUGAACAAGCUCUGGUACCAAGUUGCUAAAGAAGUUGCCACUACAAAGUUAUUCUUUGCAGAUGCAGCCAAAUGGGAUAAGUUUGUUCAAAGAUCUCCAAAACGUUGUCAGUUGACAAGAUCAAAAUCCAACACGAAGUUAUUCAUCAUGCACAAACUACCACAUGCAGAACAAGAGGACAUUGAAACCGUUGCUCCCUUUGUGAGUGGCAGUUUGGAAUGGAUUGAAAUGUACAUCUGUCCAAAGGUUUUACCAAGCUCCCUUAUGUUUGCAGGUUUGGGAUUGAAGAAGCUUGUUCUACCUGGUUCCCGAGUUGUUGAUGAUCAAUUUCUUAACAUGGUGGCCAGACACUGUCCUCAAUUAGAGACCUUGGAUCUCAGAGCAUGUGGUUUGGUCACUGACAAAGGCAUGGUCAACCUGUUGUUUAACUGUAAUAACAUUACAACGUUAAACUUGGGUCGUCAUUCUCAAUCUUCGAAGAUUACAGAUCUGACUUUGAACGCUGUGUCGAAAUAUACACAAAUCGAGACAUUAGGUCUUGCUGGCUGUUCUAUCACAGAUAGCGGUCUUUGGACAUUGGCCCUUACUUCUUCAGAUACGCUCACUAGGCUCUCUCUGAAUGGCUGUGUCCAACUCACAAACAACUCGCUACCACGCAUCUUCGCAGAAGGGUUGUUUUCAAACGUGUCUGUCCUGGAGAUUAGACACAUCCUAGCUCUUACUAACUUCAAGCCUUUGGUGCUUUUUCAAAGACUCAAAUACCAAAGAGGAGAAGCAGUUCUUAUUGAAGGUUGUGAAGUUCUUGAGUACAGAAUGAGAACUGAAGAGUGGAAACAGGACAUGCUCAACUCUGCGCGUAUGCUUAACGAGAUUAAAGACUGGUGCUGUGACUCAGACGAUGGAGAUAUCCCUUUCGAGUCAACAAUG